AUGAGCUCGUCAAUCAAUAAGGUUGAGACUGAUCUCGAGAAAGGGUCAGAAGAUCGCAUUGAGGUCGCUCGUACCGGCCGAGUAGUCAAAGAAAGGGCCCAGCCGGCUCUUGCUGUCAUGCACAAAGUCCGCGCAGAUCCAUCCCCCUUGGGUUUGCUCUCGUUCGCCGCCUGUAUCUUCAUCUUUUCGCUCUACGGAGUCCGUGCCCGAGGAAUCGGCAAACCCAACCUGGUGGUUGGAAUGCUCAUCUUUUAUGGCGGCAUCUGUCAGUUCCUAGCAGGCAUCAUGGAGUUCGUCGCGGGAAACAUGUUUGGAGCUACCGUCUUUCCGUCCUACGCGGCAUUCAAUUUAUCAUUUGCCUUGAUAUGGCUGCCUGGGUCUGGCAUUUUGCAAGCAUAUACCGAUCCGUCUACGAGCGAGCUGACGGAUGAAUUCAACCAAGCCUUGGCUAUGUAUCUCUUCGCAUGGAUGAUCAUCACGUUCAUUUAUACUGUUGCGGCAAUUCGUUCGACCUGGGUGCUUGUCAUAAAUCUUGUCGUUCUAGAUAUCGAGUAUCUCCUCCUGGCUUGCGGAUAUAUGGUAAAUAACACGAGCCUGCUUAUUGCAGGAAAUUCGCUAGGCUUUAUCGUUGCCUUUCUUUCGGUACUAGCCUGGGCUGCCACCGCUGGGUUAUGGAAUAGCGAACUAACGCCCUUCCAUCUUCCUGUCUUCGAGAUUACUGAUUCUGAAUAA